AUGCAAGCAAUAACCGGUAAACGAAGUUUAGUUUUGCCCCGCUCGACUUUUAUUGGUUCUGGUCAAUGGAGUGGUCACUGGCUCGGAGAUAAUGAAGCAACAUGGCAUGAAAUGAAACGAUCAUUAAUCGGUAUGAUUGAAUUCAAUUGGUUUGGCAUCCCAUUUAAUGGUGCCGAUAUUUGCGGAUUCGAUAAAACACCAAGUGAAGAAAUGUGCAUUCGUUGGAUGCAAGUUGGUGCCUUCUAUCCAUAUUCUCGAAAUCAUAAUGUUUGGAAAACACCAGAUCAAGAUCCAGCAUCAUGGUCUCCAUCAGCCGUGUCUAUCAUGGCUUCUGCUCUUCGUAUUCGUUAUACUUUGCUUCCAUAUUAUUAUACACUUUUCUACAGAGCACACACACAAGGUUCAACAGUCAUUCGACCAUUGUUUCAUGAAUAUCCAACGGAUAAAACAACACUCGAUUUAUAUCUUCAAUUUCUUAUUGGAUCUCAUCUCAUGAUAGCACCAGUAACUGAUAAUGGAGCACGACAAAUUCUAGUUUAUAUUCCAUCAUUGUAUUGGUAUAAUUUUUACACAGGUGUACGCAUCGCUAGCCAACGAAAAUUUAUUUCAAUGAAUGCACCUUUAGAUACGAUUCCAAUUUUGUUAAGGGGUGGAGCCAUUUUACCAACGCAAGAAUACGCAAAUAACACAAAGUAUUCAAGAGAAAAUCCAUUUGGUCUGAUAAUUGUACUCGAUUCAAACGGAAAUGCUGAAGGUGAUCUAUUUUAUGAUGAUGGUGAAUCUAUUGAUACCAUCAACUCCAAAACCUAUUACUAUGCAACAUAUAAAUGGUCAACAAAUGAUCGUCAAUUAUUCAUCAAUAUUAUUGAAAGUAAUUACGCUCACAUGUCAAAUUUAACAUUGAAUUCAAUAAUGAUAUACGGCUUAGAUAGAAUACUGGUCGGCAUUAAUGUUGAUGGGAAUGAAUUACGUCCAUCAAUACAAAGUCGAAAACAAAUUAUCGAAAUUCAUGAUUUAAAAUUGGCAAUGAAUGCAAAUCACUUGAUCACAUGGCAAUAUCCAGAUAUAGUUGUUGUUGAACCACCUGAAAUUAUUACUAUUGAUCCCAAAUAUCGUAUCGAUUGCUAUCCUGAUUUUGAUCAAUACAAAUCAUUUUGUAUGAUCGAUCGAUCACCAAAUCAAACUGCUUUGACAAUAACAAAUCAAUUAUGUGCAGCUCGUGGCUGCACGUGGGAUUUAAAUACGACAACAAAUAUUUCUUCAUGCUAUAUUCCAAUAGAAAAAGGUGGCUAUAAUUUAACAGAACCACCAAAUCAACUCUCAGAUGUUAUAACAAUUUAUACACUCAGUCGUCUAUCGGUCAAACCUGCUCAAAUUCGAUCGCUCCCAUAUGCUGAGCUAAUUUAUAAACAUUUAUUGACAAAUCAAAUUAAGAAGACUGGAAUAAAUGAGUUUUCUAUGUUCGGUAGGGAUAUUCAUGAUUUAAAUGUUCAAGUCAGCCUCUCAGGUUCUGAUAAGAUUCGUAUGACAAUACGCAAUGCACAUGCAAAACGGUAUGAAGUUCCAGUUCCAAUUAUUUGGCAACCAUCGGCACCAUCAACGUCUUCUUCACUUAAAAUCAAAUUCGAAAUAACUAAAACUCCCCAUGGACAAGUCGGAUUUCGAAUUCAACGUACAAAUACACAAUUAAUUCUAUUUGAUACAUCAUUCUUUGCCAAUGGCUUCAUCUAUGAUGACAAAUUCAUUCAAAUAAUAACAACAAUUCCAUCCAGAAAUAUCUAUGGUUUUGGCGAAAAUACUCAUUUAAGCUUUCGACAUGUUUUGAAGGGAUCAUCUCGCUAUGGUAUGUUUACACGCGAUCAACCACCGGGAGGAGGAAAUGCAAAUUUGUAUGGUACUCACCCAUUUUAUAUGGUUAUCGAACCUGACGGACAAGCCUUUGGUGUAUUUAUUUUGAAUUCGAAUGCACAAGAUUAUAAAUUCGAUGAAUUCGAUGAUGAUCAAGCUAUGUUAACUUAUCGAACUGUGGGUGGUAUAUUAGAUAUUUUCUUUUUUGCUGGAUCUCGUCCGGAAGAUGUCAUUCGACAAUAUCAAACAGUAAUCGGCAAUUCUUACAUGCCACCUUACUGGGCACUUGGAUUUCAACUUUGCCGAUAUGGUUAUAAUACACUAGAUAAUAUGAAAGCAGCCAUGAUGAGAACACUCAAUGCUAGUAUUCCUCUUGAUGUUAUGUACGGCGACAUCGAUUAUUUUCGAAAGAGGCUCGAUUUCACUUGGGAUCCAGUUAAUUUCAAUGGUUUACCUGAAUAUGUAGAUUGGCUGCAUCGUCAAGGAAUGAAAUUCAUCACUAUUCUGGAUCCAGCUAUUGAUUCUGAAGAGGCAAACUAUUCUGUUUAUACGGAAGGGCAAAAAGUCGAUAUUUGGAUCAAAUGGCCUCAAAAUCAAAAUCUUCAAUUUAACGAAACAGGCAACCGAAAUAUGUUAGGUUAUGUGUGGCCUGAUGAAGCAAAUCCAUCAAUGGACGAUGCUAGUAAAUUACAAUACUUGAAGGAUGGUUUAAAACCUUCAUUACGUUUUGAUGUCUUACUAAAAAAUCCACAAACAACAACAGAACUUUUGGAAUAUGCUCAAAAGAUUGAAGAACUUAAAGGAUUAAAUGAACAACAAGACACUGAAUCGUUUCCAUCUGGACAAACAAGUUAUAACAAUUCAUAUUAUAACACUAAUUAUAGUAACAAUACUUCGUCUGAACGACAUGUUGCUGCCAUAACAACACAACAACAAUAUUGUAAUUCUACACGUACACGACCUUAUCAAUGUUAUAAUUGUGGUGCUAAUGAUCAUUAUUUUCGUAAUUGUCCACAUUUUCAAUGA